AUGGUGGCCCACGAUGAUGGAGAAGACUUGUGUGGAUUCGAGCAACAACCAUCAACAAAUCUGGCAGACAAUAACUCCAGCAGUCAAAUUGUUGCUGGUCUCGACAUAUCAACUUCCAGAAAAACACUUCUCAACGGGGCUGGCACCUCUUCCAGCACAGGAGAAGGCAAACUACGCAUAUCGAAAGCCGUCCCCAGCAGGCUACAGAUACUGAAACUCUCUUCCCCUACUGGGUUAAGCUCUCCAUCGGCCAAAUUCAAGCAGAUCGUAGAGGGAAGAGACGAAAUGUCCCGUACAGUCCCUUCAUCAACCACAUCGUUUGUUUGA